AGGUGGUCAAGAUAUGGAGGCGGCCCAUCACUCCGUGGUCCUGUCUAUUAUUGACAGCUCGAUGGUCUCUGCUUUGUCAAGCUGCAGGAUAUUUCUCUCAGAUUAUGCGAACAUCGCCUGAGAGCUGUGACCUGGCCUUCUGGGUGUCUUCGAUCGCUCAGCUGGUCAGCUGGGCGCAGGUUGAUGUUCUUAUCACCCGAAGAGUGUUCGUGCUGUGCCCUCACAGGUACAAGCGAGCGACAACGAUAGUUUGCUUCAUCUUGGGCUUCGUCCCAGUCGGAAGCAACAUUCUCGCAGUAGGAGGAUAUCGUCGCGACUACCUGCCACAUGUGCCAGGCUGUGUCAAGACGUGGAUCCAGUCGGCGGCGCAUUUUCAGCGGAAUUAUACCAUGUCCGCUUACAUCACCUGCUUUACUCUGCUUUGUCGAGACAUUAUCGUCUUGGCAUUAACCUGGUCCAUCACUUUUGGAUUGUGCCGAACGGCGAGGCGAAUCGGGGUCGCUUUCCCCACGGCUAAGUACCUCCUUUACAACGGUGUGGUCUACUUCGUGAUUAUACUAGCCCUCGAUGUGUCACAGAUGGCCAUUUUUAAGGGUACUAUCAUGACAGGAGAGAUUCUCGAUCCUCUCUUGGCCUCUGUGCCACUCAUCCUCACAGUUCGCUUCACGAUGAACAUCGGCAAAAUCGAGACCGUCGAGAGCGAAUGGCUCGCAACGUGGGAUUCCGCAUCUGGGCCUAUUGUCUUCAACAACGUCGUUUAUGCCAUCUCAAAAGAGGGUAGUUAUGCUGGCGCGUCCGGGGAAAGUGACCAAACGAGUAGGACAACCAGUUCCGCGCGGUCGGUGGAGAGUGUCUGACCUGGUGCGGCCUCAUCCUAGGUACACGUCCUGUUUCCGAGUCCGUUAAGAGUAUCCCUGUAAAGUAG